GACAGUCCGCUCUCCACGCGCGGAUAACGAGACGACACCGAGCGCGUCGGUUGUUGCGGACGGACGGAGGAGCGCGUGACGGAAGAGAGGAGGGAAACUAGAGAGGAGGAGGAGGAGGAGGAGGAGAAGAAGAAGAAGAAGAAGAAGAAGAAGAAGAAGAAGAAGAAGAAGAAGAGGGAGAAAAGUGAAGAGGGAGAAAGAAAAUAAAGACGCACAAGUGUGUUCCACAACUGGAAAGAGCGAAGAGAAGAAAGUGACGGGAGGAGAGUGUGUGUGUGUGUGUGUGUGUGUGUGUGUGUGUGUGUGUGUGUGUGUGUGUGUGUGUGUGAGCACCUCCACGACUCUCCGCGUCUUCUUCCGCCGCCUGCUCCAUGUCGCUGCCCGGCUCCCCUCCGCUGCUCACGCCGGGCUCGGGCGCCCCAACUUCGGUGGCGCUCUACCGCUCUGCGCCGGACGCGCUCCACGGCUCCAGCGGCGCCUCCAGCCCGCACCCGCACCCGCACUCGCACCCGCACCCGCUGUCGCCGUCCCCGCGGCUCACCAGCAGCAUGCUCAGCGCCUUCCUGCCCGGGCCAGGGGGCGCGCUGGCCGGCCUGGGCAACGGCGGCGGCGGCGGCCUGACCCCCGGCUCGCCCGGCCUGGCGCAGACCCCGCCCGGCGCGGGGCUGUGCAGCGAGUGCAAGCUGGUGGAGGUGCACGGCGUCAAGGUGGCCAGCUUCGGCGCCGACGGCCAGGAGCUCAUCUGCCUGCCGCAGGUGUUCGACCUCUUCCUGAAGCACCUGGUGGGGGGGCUGCACACCGUCUACACCAAGCUGAAGCGGCUGGACAUCUCGCCGGUGGUCUGCACCGUGGAGCAGGUGCGCGUGCUGCGCGGGCUCGGCGCCAUCCAGCCCGGCGUCAACCGCUGCAAGCUCAUCUCCCGCAGGGACUUCGAGACGCUGUACCAGGACUGCACCAGCGCCAGCUCUCGUCCGGGCCGUCCUCCGAAGCGUUGCCCUGGUGCCGGGCUCCAGGAAAGCCCCAGGCUGCUGCACCCGGGCCUCCCCGGCCUGCUGUCCCCCAACCUGCUGUCCCACACCGGCCUCACAGCAGCGGCCAUGGCCGAGCUCCAGAAGCUUCAGAAGAUGAAGAUGAUGAUGAGUCUCCAGAACGGCAACGAGUCGGACAACGACGACCUACACUCCAACACAGGAGGGAGUGAGUGUUCCUGGGAUAAGGAGCGUCUCACCAGCCCCCCUGCUGGAGCCCACAGCGGAGGACCAGGAGGAGGAGGAGGAGGACCGAUGGGAGGGGGAGGAGGAGGAGGAGGAGGAGGGAGGGGGCCGAACAUCGGAGCGGUCAAUCAGCAACAACUGCAACAGCAGCAACAACUACUGGCCAACAUGUACAACAGCGGGAAACUACGACAGGACCAGAGUUCAUUCGCUUGUCUUCACUCUCCAGGGUUGGACCUGCCCUUCAUGAUGAUGCCCCACCCUCUGCUGCCCAUGGGCCUGCCCCCUGCUUCCGUCGCCAUGGCGAUGUCCCAGAUGAACCACCUCAACACCAUCGCCAACAUGGCCGCCGCCGCCCAGCAGAUUCACACUCAUGUCCACCGCGCGCCCGUCAUCAAGGAGAGAGUGUGUGACAGUCCGUCUCUCUCUCCGUCUGUGGACGAGACCAACACUCCGAUGCAGUCGCAGCCCAGCAGCUCGGCCUCCAGUUCGCCUGAAAGACUGGGACUAAUAAUGUCAGCUGAUGCAGAUGUUGCACUGACCAACGCUGCUGCACCCAACAAGAAAACAACAAAGGACAAAGAAGAGUCUCCGCUGGGACAGACCCUACCCCCGGGCUUCCCUGCUCCGUUCCUAUUCGCUGACGGCUUGUCGUCAGUGGAGACCCUGCUCACCAACAUACAGGGCCUGCUGAAGGUGGCGGUGGAGAACGCCCGGACACAGGACAAACAGAUCCAGGCGGAGAAGAGGGAGCUGAAGAUGGAGCUCUACAGAGAAAGGGAGAUGAGGGAGAGUCUGGAGCGACAGCUCACCUCCGAGCUGCAGAGCAGAGCCUCCAUCCAGAAGCGUCUGAAGAAGGAGAAGAAGGCGAAGAGGAAGCUGCAGGAGGCGCUGGAGUUCGAGUCGAAGAGGAGGGAGCGAGUGGAGGGCGCACUGAAACACUCGUCCUCGUCCUCCCCCUCCCCCGAGCCGCUGCACGCCGCCAACAACAACACCAACAAUGCCAAGAACGACGCUGCUGUAGCCGAGGAUAAACCUGAACUUAAUGGAAACCAGCAAGACAACGGCGGUGUACAAGAUUCCUUCUGGUGUGUUUUUUUCCCCCAGAAUCCCGGCCGUUUCUGAAGACACCCAUGAUGUUUUAAGAGCGAGGGGACUGCGCCUUCCCGGAAAACCCCGCCCCCUUCCCACCUGACUCCUCCCACUCCCUGCACAGAAGAACUCCACAAGCCUUGUUUCCUCAGCAACCACGGCUUCCACCACAGCAACAGCCUCUCCCCAGGCGGGAUUCUAUCUUUGCUACAAUGCGACAUUUUUUUGACGUUGCUAAGAAACAAUGAGACUACUAAGAGACACGCCCCUUUUCUGGACUCUUUUUGGGGGCGUGUCUCUCUCUCUCUCUCUAUUUUCCCUUCUAUUUCUUCUUCUUCUUUCGAGACAACUUCACUCCAUUCAUUCCUCUUUCUCUCUCAUCCCUCGUUCCUUUUGAAAACUGAAAAGUAAAAAUCAUUCCCAAGCUAAGGCAAAAGGAAAACGCACCGGACCGAUCGACGCACUCUCGGAUUUAAACGGACGCCCCGGACGAGUACAACUCAGACAUUGUCAGGAAAAAAAAAAUAAACAGCAGAGAUCAACUUGAUUGGACAACGGAGACUCUCUGAAUGGUUCCGAUGACACGAAGCGACUCGCAGGACCAAACGAGUCCGUUCACGACGAGAUAAGAGCGGUUUCGUGAAAAAUAUGUAUCAUUCUUAUUUCCAUUUCUACAAAAACAAAAAGUUUCAAACGCACCCUUUUUGUUGGAUUCGACGUGACCAACUCUGAUUGGACGGCGACCAGCUAAUCGGAGGCGCUCAGGACGAAGGAGCAAAAAACGAGGGUUUUACGAGUUUUUAGAAAAAAGACGUGUAAAAAAAAUAUUUGGAAGGAAAAAAUGGAGGGAAACAACUUGGGAGGAUAUUUCUGUUUCAUGUACCAUUACUUUUUCCUAAAAGAUUGCAUGGGAAAAUAGUUGUGUUGUCAUUUGGUUUGUUUUAUCCACGUCCAACUCUUAAAAAUUAUUUCCCCGCUUUUCUUCCGUUUUGCUCGAUUCCUCCACGUUUCCUUGCUUCUUCCUCACCUUUUCUUUUCCCUCUUUCUUAUCAAGGAGGCAUUACUCUGAAAGUGUUGGAUGCAGCUUUUCAAUGUAUGAAGUAUUUUCUAUCACCCUUAACUUGUGAAAUCAGUUUCUCAAACGACGCAAAAAAAGAAAAAAAAAGAAAAUUCCUUUUUUUUAUUACAAUGGAGUGAUUUUUAGACACAAUAUUAUAUCCUGAAAGUACGUUGAACUCUCUUCCUCGACAUUGGACCUUUUCACCUUUUGACCCCCCCACCCCUGUGACCAGGAAGUAGUACUCAAAGUUUCUGGCGUUUUUGUCAAAAAUAAAAGCUCAGGGAGCGCUUGAUUUGUCUACGCCGAAGAUCCAAAAUCAAGGUUUUCCUGACUGUAGCACAGGUGAAUAAAACAAGCGCUCCUCAGCGACGUCAAACACCAGAGACGUUUUAUUUCCCCCCCACCCCGGAUUUUCUGACCUACUACGAGUGCAGACUGUUGUGUUGCAAUUUUGUUUAUUCCACUGCGUGUUCUGUUUGUUUAUUUGUUGAUGAUGACUAUUUGAAAUGUGUACGGGGCGG